GAUUAUUCCGUACACUGAGUACACUCUAGUCUUGCAUGGCAAUCAUGACAGCUAAACGGGCGUAAAGAACGAGUUGUUGGUAAGAAAAGCCGUUGGUACUCUAUGUAAGAUGAACACUGAGGACAAGUUGGAGGGCAUGCUGUUCAAGUGCAGCAGCGGAGGGAUGGAUGGUAGAGGACGAGUCGGCCUGGUGAUGACGCUCGGGGAACGAUCACUGGCAGACCACCCACUGUUGGCAGAAGAUGACGACGACGAGGAUGAAGAUGAGAACUUGACUGUGAGCUCGUUGGUAACUCACGACCUCGUACCUCCCGAGCAACUGAUGAUGCAAGAAAUGUCCAAGAACAGUGGAGGAGCUGAUGAAGAAGGAGCAGGUGAAGUGGGGGUGCAUUUCCCACUGAAGUUGACCCAUAAGUUGCCCUGCUUGCCUCUGAACAUUAAGCAAGAAUUAAAAUUUACUGAGCAGCCACCCCAGAUAAAGAAGGACAAAAAAAUUGUCAAGGACCUAAUGGUAUGUCCCAAGAAGAAGAAACGGAAACAACGCUCACCAGCAAAGAUUCUAAGCAUUAAUGAGGAUGGUUCAUUUGGCAUACAAAGCCCCAAGGUACAUGUUUGUAUUCACUGUAACGCAGCGUUCAGAACCAACUACCAUCUACAGAGGCAUGUGUUCAUUCACACAGGUGAGAAACCAUUUCAGUGCAGCCAAUGUGACAUGCGCUUUAUUCAGAAAUAUCUUCUCCAGAGACAUGAGAAAAUUCACACCGGUGAGAAGCCUUUCCGCUGCGAUGAGUGCGGUAUGAAGUUCAUCCAAAAGUAUCACAUGGAGAGACACAAGCGGACACACAGUGGGGAGAAGCCCUACCAAUGUGACUACUGUCACCAGUACUUCUCCAGAACUGACCGUGUUUUAAAGCACAGAAGAAUGUGCCAUGAAAACCGAGAGAGAAAGAGCAACAAGGCUGCCAAUAAAAGUGGAGCAUUGCAUGAAGCAGAUGCCUUAAGCCCUUUUCUCACCAAAGAGUGUGCAUUACCCAAGAAGAAACGACAGAAGUGUUCAGAUAAGUCUGACAGUUCUGGCUCUUCUAAUGCUGCCCCAGUAGAGGAGCUCACUUCUGCUGUUAAAGAAACUGAAAUGAAAGGGGAAGAGAGAUUGAAUAAAAGUGGAGAUCUCCCUCUUUUUGCUGUGUCCUCCAAAGUUAAACACGAGUACGUGAUUGGGGAAUACUCUGUGGCACUUCCAGAAGAGACUACCAGCCAACAUGAAGUUGAAGACUUGGCACCAGAGGAGGUUGUGGCUCCUAAACUAGUCCUAAAGAAGGUGUCUAAGAGGAGCCUUAAACAGUCCGGUGAACAACCUCAUUGCCUGGCCACUCUAUCGUCAUUUGAGGACAACAAAGUUUCACAUUAUACCUUUGAAAUUGUGGAUAAGCAAAGCCUUUUGGAGGAAGUAAGCAACACAGAUUCAGCGGAAACCACAACAAAGCCUGUAGCCAGCAGCACAAACUAUGAUGACGCCGUGCAGUUCCUCAAGAAGAAACGCUACCUUCAAGCAGCAGCGGCCAACAACAAUCGUGAUUACAGCCCGAACACGAGCAGCAUCUCUUCUCAGCCGACCGUUUCUCAAACGGUGGUGUCAGCUGUUAUUGACGAAACAGUCCCUGCCACUAUUCUGGAACCUCAGCCUCUUAACGCGGAGAUCAAGGCAACACAUGAAAGGAACGUGCUGCCAGAUGAGGUUCUUCAGACUCUGUUGGACCACUACUCCAACAAAGCUAAUGGUCAAUCAGACAUCUCCUUUAGUGUAGCUGAUACAGAAGUUACCUCAAGCAUAUCCAUUAAUUCCUCCGAUGUUUCAGACGCUAGUCCUGCAGAGAGCCUCGGAGCUGCAAGUGCUCAGACUCAACCGCCGACUGAGAAGGCCAGUCUCUUGCAAGAAUAUUCCAAAUUUCUCCAGCAAGCAUUGGAGAGGACCAGUCAGAAUGACAGCUACCUUACGAGCCAAAGCCUCAGCUUGGUCACAGAAAACCCUACAUUAGCUGGUCAGCCCCUGUUCUCCACCGAGAAGCAGUUUCCUUCCCCCAGUAGGUUCAAAUCAGGGAUGAGCUCCCCAUUGAGAUCCACAAUAGAGAAACCUCACUUUGGAUUACUGGUCGGAGACUCUCAGCACUCGUUUUCGUUUUCAGGUGAUGAAACUACCCCUCCUUCGACAGUGUCCCCCUCUGAUGAGGACUUCCUGGAACAGGUGUCGCCAUCCAAAAAGACUGACUCCUCUCAAGGGAUACUCCAGACUUUUCAAAUUAACACCUUUGACCCAAACUUCAAGUCUCAUUUCCAGACUUCCAGAUGUGGUUCCUCUUCACAGUUUACAGGUGCCAACGGACAAGUAAGUCUCCGUGGCCACAGCACAGACUUCUCAGAGUUUUCUUUAGUUCGAGUUACAGAGACCAGGUCCCAACUGAACUCCUCCCCUGAUGUUUCAUCAAGUGAAACCUUUGGUUGA